AUGGAUGACAAGUUCGAUGCCACACUUGAGGCUCACGUCUCGGGCGUCGAGGAUGUAAUGCAGGCUAAAAAUGCAUUGAGGCAAGACAACAAGGCCGAGCACGAGCUCACUGUGAAGCAAGUCUUGAAAGAUUACCCCGUCCUCGUCUGGUGGAUUUUCUACUGGGCUAUGGCUGGAGUAGGCUGGGGCUUUGAUGCUCAGGUCAAUGGUGCAAUGAUUGGUGUCGAAUCUUUCCGGCGCGAUUUUGGCUAUUACAGACCAAGCGACCAGAAAUAUAUUCUCCCCGCUGAUUGGCAGAGCGCAUUCAAUACCAUUAGCAGCGUUGGUCAGUUCUUUGGCGGCUUCAUUUGCGCCUGGACAGCCGACCGUAUCGGUCGCCGGCCCUCUUUGCUGAUCGGGCUUAUUAUCGCUACUGGUGGUAUUAUCGGCCAGAUUUUAUCCACCGCCAAGGCUGCAUUCCUAAUAUCGAAGCUCAUUCUUGGAGUUGGGCUUGGGUUCUACCUAACGCUUGCACCCUUGGUAUCUUCAGAGCUGAGCCCUGUUGUUUUCCGUGGCAUUGCCUCGGCAGGCGUUCAGUUCGGCCUCGGGUCUGGCCAGCUCAUUGCCAACGGGGCCGUGGCCGGCUUUGGGGAGUGGACUUCGCGCUGGGCGUAUCGCGCGCCAUUUGCGAUCCAGCUCUUCUUCCCAGCUUUCUUCCUCGCCUUCUUGCCAUUCGCUCCCGAAUCUCCCUGGUAUCUCGCCCGCCGGGGGAAGCGGGAAGAAGCCAAGGCGGCCCUACGCCGCCUGUUCGGAUCUGGCGUUGAUGCAGACGCCAAGCUACUAACACUGGAGGCCACAAUUGCAGAAGAGGAGGCUGCCAAGUCCGACACUGGCAGGCUGAUCGACUGCUUCAGAGGAACCAACCUGAUCCGCUCCGUCAUCAGCAUGUUUAUCUUUUGCUGUCAGCACCUAGUCGGCAUCAUUUUUGUUCUUGGAUUCUCCAGCUACUUCUUCCAGCUUGCCGGUCUGCCUACAGCUUCCAGCUUCAACAUGGGGGUUGGGGUAACCGCGUGCGGUCUAGCAGGCAACAUUGUCAGCUGGUUUACCGUCAACAGUCUUGGCCGCCGCAAACUCUUUCUGGGCGGCAUGGGAGUACUCACUGCAAUUCUGCUCCUCAUCGGAAUAUUGGACCUUGUUCAUACGGGUGGCGCAAAGUGGGCACAGGCAGCAUUGACUGUCAUUUACGCCUUCUUCUAUUUCCUAUCUCUCGGGGCCAUGGCCUUUACCAUCCUCUCAGAGACGAGCAGCACCACUCUUCGUGCCCAAACAAUCGCUCUUGCGACGGCUACCCAGGCUGUCAUGGGUACUGCUUUCAACUUUGCCAUCCCCUACAUGAUCAAUCCCGACGAGGGAAAUCUCAAGGGCAAGGUCGGAUUUGUAUUUGGAGGGCUGGGUCUCCUCGCAUCUAUCGGAAGCUAUUUUCUCAUUCCCGAACUUAAAGACCGCACAUUUGACGAGAUUGAUGCCAUGUUUCAGAAGCAUGUGCCGCCUCGGAAGAUGGGCGCGUACAAGUUUGAGUAG